AUGUUCCUCGACGCCGAGGCCGCGCUCACCGACCCCUGCCUCCCCCGCUUCCCAUGGCACCGCUUCCCCUUCUUUGGCUUCGUCGCCAUGCCCGCCGCCCUCGCCACCCUCGUCCUCGACUUCCUCGCCACCCAGUUCUACGAGCGCAAGCACCGCGCCGCCGCCGCCGCCGAGAUCGACGCCACGGUGGAGGACGACGAGGAGCGCUCCAUCAUCACGGCGGCGCCGGAGCCACUCGUGGACGAGGACGAGGACGAGGACGAGGGCUCCGCCAAGGGCGGCGACGCGGUGCACAUUGUUAAGAUGCGCGCACACGCGGCGGCGCACGGCCACAACCACCACCACCACAGCCACGCCCACAGCCACGCACACGCGCACGCACACGGGGAUGGGGACGAGGGCCAUGUCUCCCCGCACGUGCGCCACGUUGUCAUCUCCCAGGUGCUCGAUCUAAAGUCUAAACCACUCCUAUUAGCCGUGCAUAUCAUCCGCUCACUAAUGACAAUUAUUAAGUAA